UUCAAGAAGGAUUGAUUCUAACCUGGCGCUGGCUGGGUUCCGAAUCUGGCAAACUCAGGAUUCCGGCCCCCGCGAUUCGGGUUCCGUGGGCGAGAAUAGUAGCGCGGUCAGCCAAGCUAUACUACAUAGGUUGGCAUGCAGUGAAACGGCUGAUCCGGGAUAAGGAAACGUUUAAAAGGAAGGUAAAAGAAAGAUAAAUAAUCAAUCGUAAGCUGCUUCUCAAGCUCUUUUACCUUACCUAGUAUAUUAGGCAGGCACCGUUUCGAUAAAAGUCACUUUACCAUAGGUAGUACCUAUCAUUACCUCGACCUUCACUUAAGCAGAACAACAAUAAAAACAAGAAAGGGAACUGCAUCAAGAAGGAAAGAAAAAAGACAGGAAAAAUGUGGAAAAUACCAACCGACGUCCCCCAAACCGCCACCCCCAACGGCCACACCAAGCUUAAGGAAGUCACCUACGACACCCCCUUGGACGAGAUAUUCAAGUACUGGGACGAAGAUGGCGCUGUCAUCAUCAAGGGCCUGCUCACCCCCUCCGAAACCGCGCAGUUCCACGCCGAGCUGCAAGCGCCGCUUGAACAAGUGCAGCGCGGCUCUCUCUAUGCUUCUUUCCACGAGCGACUAGCGGACUUCCACGGCCGUGGCACGAAGCGGGUCGGCGGGCUCGCGAACCACAGCGCCGUGUUCCGGGACCGGCUCGUCGAGAACGACUUCAUCCACAAGCUAUGCACGCACGUCUACAGCACGGACGGGCACGCCGGCGACUACUGGCUAGGGCAAGGCAGCACGGUGUUCGUUCAGGGCCCGCAGAAGGCGCAGGAGCUGCACCGCGACGCCGAGACGUACCCGCCGUACGUUCUCAUGGGCCCCGACGCGACCGAGGGGCUCAUCAACUUCCUCAUUCCCGUAACGCCGUUCACGGCUGACAACGGCUCCACUGUCGUUAUUCCUGGAAGCAACAAGUGGCCCUACGAGCAGCGCGGAAACCCGGAGCAGGCGAUCUCCGCGGUCAUGGACCCGGGCGACGCGCUAUUCAUCAGCGGGAAGGUGAUCCAUGGCGGCGGCGACAACCGGACGACGGAGGAGAGGGGGUGCAUCCAGUUCUCGGUUUGUCCGGGCUUCAUGACACCGUCGGAGGCGUCGCCGCUGAUUCUCGACAAGGAGAUCGUGAGGAAGAUGUCAAAGCGGGCGCAGCAGUUUUUGGGGUUCAGGUCGCAGUACCCGAGGGGCUCGACGGGGUUGUGGACGAAGGACUACCAGGAACUGGCCAUGCAUAUGCAGUUCGACGACCCCAUUCCGCGUGUCAAUGUUCUCUACCCAUAGGCGACAUAUUGGGUCGGGUCGACAUAGCCCGAGUGUACGUCGUCUCUGUCUAGUAAAGGUAUUCAGCUCGAGGCAAUUGGAGUGGUAGAAAGAACACGGACCGAAGGUUGUGUGUUGUUGUCAUGUAACUUAUAUGCUCUUGGCAUGAUUAGAAUGCCUUGCCGAGGUUAUAUCGGAGUAUCGUGCCAACAUGCAACUGGUCUGUCGUGCAAGACGUAUAUACCUAGGUAGCCAUAUUUCAAUCACAUCCACAACCUGUAGAACAUUUGGAGUAUUUCCCCUACCCUCGUGUUAUCCAACAACCUUGAAGGUCGGCACAUCCCAAUGU